UUCUCGUUUGCAGAGCAAUGGGAACAUCCCCAGGACACCGAGGUUCUGGGAGCUCUGGACCUUGGCGGUGCCUCGACGCAGAUCACCUUCCAGCCCGGGGUCCCUGUGCAGGACAGGAACACGUCCGUGUUCUUCCGGCUCUACGGCACCAACUACUCCCUGUACAGCCACAGCUACCUGUGCUACGGGCAGAGCCAGGCCCUGAAGAUGCUGCUGGCAGCUCUGCACCAGGCCAGCUCGAGUGCCCAGAUCUCCCACCCCUGCUACCCGCGGGGGUACCGGGAGAACCUCACUGUGGCAGAGCUGUACGACAGCCCCUGUGUGCGUGCACCGAGCUCAGCCAGCCCUGGCCUGGUCCUGACGGUGACAGGGACAGGGGAGCCAGGCGCGUGUGGCACGGCCAUCCAGAGUCUCUUCAACUUCAGCUGCGGGGCAGAGCGGCCGUGCGGGUUCAAUGGGGUGUAUCAGCCCCCCGUGCGGGGACAGUUCUUU